AUGGCUGUGGAGUUUUAUACUUUCGACCCGGAUGGCGACCUGCUGCUCAUACUUUCGAGACCUCCUGAUGAUGCGGAAAGCGAGGAUGGAGCGGGUGAAGAAGACACCAACAACACGCCUGCUGGAAGUCCCACCGAUGAAAGGAUUGGUGAAGAUGCUGCUGAGAGUGCAGAUACACAUCCAGAUACAGGGGCGUCUGCAAACUCUGCUGGCUCUCCCAGUCUCGAGGUCGACCCCACCCCCGACGAAGACGAGCCAGACAGAGAACCAGCCAUCGUGGUACAUAUGCUUGUCUCGUCAAAGCAUAUGAUGCUAGCUUCCCCGGUGUUCAAAGCCAUGCUUCAACACAGCAGGUUUAAGGAAGGACAGAAACUCAGUGCGACUGGAAAGGCGGAAAUCCCGCUCCCAGAUGACGAUCCUUACGCCUUCACGAUUAUCCUGGACAUUAUUCAUGGGCGGAAUAGGCAGGUCCCCCGGGAGAUAGACCUCGAUUUGUUGAGCUCUAUUUCCAAGCUUGUCGACAAAUAUCAGAUGGUAGAAGCUGUGGAGUCCUUCUCCAAUGGCUGGAUCGACGCCGUAGAAGACCUGCUGCCUGCGGGAUAUGCCACAACGGAAGACGUUGAGGACGUGCACCGCUGGCUGGGAAUAUCUUGGGUCUUUGCAAGGGAAGACGAGUUUGUAAGAAUGACGGAACUCAUGGAACGAGGUUGCUGGGAAGGAUUGGCAGAGGACAUUGAAGAAGUCCUCCCAAUCCCCGGCCUGAUCGUUGAAACAAUUCUUAUGAAGCGCCAAGAGGCUCUUUCUGAUCUGUAUGCCUUCAUUGAGCAAACUGCCAGGAGGUACCAGCAGUCAGAGAUCUGUUGUCCACGGACGGACAGUGCCGAAUGGGCACUGAACUGUGACUCUCUCCUCCUUGGCUCUCUUCUAAAAAGUGCUUCUUCAUAUGAGAUACUUCCGGUCCCCGAAUCUCCAUAUGGGGACAUUUCUUUCGAUGAAUUGGCCGCCAAGCUCUACAGCCUCAAUGUCAGUGCGAUCUGCGACAAGAUCCGCCCCAGCUUCCAGGCUGGAGUAGAACCAAAACCUGCCCAUGGACUCCAUGAAGCCAUUGAAGAAAGAAUUGCUCUUCUAGAAGAACGCCUAUCUGGACUUAAUAUUUUUGAGUUCAAAGGGGAGGAGAAAGGCCCUCGCCCAAUUGUUGGCGUAUAA